AUGCCUCCGCUUCUUCCGACAGUCCCCAUCACCUCAUGGAAGCCUCGAAUCAUAUGUUACUUCCAAACCUACCAUCGCGGUGACCAAUAUGUCUCUCUUCUUCCCCUCCUCACCAACCCCUCUGGGAUCACACACGUUAUAUUAGCAGCCAUACAUGUCAAUUGGGACCCUCAGCAUUUGACACUCAAUGAUGAUCCUCCCGAUCACGAAAAAUACACUCAGCUAUGGGACGAAGUCCUCGUGCUCCAGGAUUCCGGGAUCAAGGUCUUGGGCAUGUUGGGCGGCGCUGCCCGGGGUUCCUUUGCGAGGCUCGACUACUCUGAAUCAAGGACCGAUGUCCCCAGAGCACGAUUUGAAAGUUAUUAUAUUCCAUUACGCAAUAUGAUAAGGCGGUAUAACCUCGACGGACUAGAUCUGGAUGUCGAAGAGGAAAUGUCCCUGCCUGGGAUUGUGCAUCUGAUCGAUCGUCUAAGAGCAGAUUUUGGACGUCAGUUCAUCAUCACACUCGCCCCUGUGGCUACGGCUCUUAUGGCUGGGCGGCCGCACUUGUCUGGAUUCGAUUACCGCAUGCUCGAAGCCAUGCGCGGGUCAAGUAUUGCGUGGUAUAACACGCAAUUUUACAACGGAUGGGGAGGAUUGCAUAAUACGGCUGCCUAUGAUGAGAUCAUGCGCAAUGGGUGGUCCGCGGAGAAAGUUGUGGCGGGAAUGCUGACGAACCCGAAACACGGCGGGAGUGGGUACGUGCCACUGGAGUUGUCGGCGGCGGUGUUGAGCAUGCUGGUGGAGAGGUAUCCAGAAUUUGGAGGGGUGAUGGGGUGGGAAUACUGGGAUGCACUGCCUCAAGAAGGCGAGAAUUGUUGGAUGUGGGCUUAUUGUAUGGGCCUGUGUAUGGGGAUGAAAAAGGUGCGGGAUGCGGCCUUGGUGGUACAACUAGGGAGGGGGUUGGCUGGGAUUUCUGUGAAUCGGUGA